AUGGCCCAACCCAAUCACUUAAAUGUCUAUACAGGGCCAGAUUCCGUCAGGAACUAUUUCGAUCCUGAUGUUGCCCCGCCUCUGCCACUAGUCGAGGUACCUGAAGCCUUGAACCCCUAUCGUCAGCAUGGCGUCCGGAUUUAUGCCAAGAUGAUGUCGAUGCAUCCUGCGAAUAACGUCAAGGCUAUGCCAGCACUCAAUCUGCUCCAGAAUGGGGUUGUACCAGGAAAGACAGAGACCAUCGUCGAGUACAGUUCCGGCUCGACGGUCAUCUCUAUGUCAUUGGCUUCCAGAGUCUACUACGAUGUGCCAGAUGUGCGGGCCUUUCUCAGCAACAAGACUAGUCAAGCGAAGUUGAGGUUGAUGCAGUUCUUCGGACUGGAUAUUACCCUGUUUGGUGGCCCUUCUCAACCUGAGCCUCUGGACCCACGAGGAGGCAUUUGUGCCGCAAGAAACAUGGGCAGCGAUAAGGGCACUGCGCUCAACCCAAACCAAUACGAAAAUGACGAUAAUUGGAAGUCUCAUGUGCGGUGGACUGGACCCCAAAUCUUCAAGCAACUGCCCCAGAUUUCUCUCAUUUGCGCAGGAAUGGGUACUUCUGGCACUCUAACUGGUCUUGGAACCUACUUCAAGCAGGCUAAGCCGUCAGUAUACCGGCUGGGUGUCUGCACCGCGCCUGGCGAUCGUGUUCCUGGCCCCCGAUCCUACGCUCUUCUUCAACCAGUAGAGUUUCCAUGGAGAUCCGCAGUCGACCACGUUGAGCAUGUCGGUUCUCAACACUCCUAUUCGCUCUCGCUGGACCUGUGCAGACAAGGCCUCAUCGCCGGCCCGUCUUCAGGUUUCAACCUGCAAGGCCUUUACCAGUUCCUUGAUAAGCGUAUCGCGGCCGGCAAUCUGAAUGAACUAGCCGACGAUUCUGGCGAGAUCCACUGCGUUUUUGUCUGCUGCGAUUUGCCUUACCAGUACAUCGAUGAGUACUUUGCGAAAUUGGGACCUGAGCAUUUUCCUGCAAUCCACAACGAGAACCUUACAAAGGUUGACCUUCACCGCUACGAUGAGGCAUGGGAAAAGACUGCGACUGAAGUCUUCAUGCAAAUUCCGUCUGCAGGUGCUAUCCGGACCAACGAGACCCAUUUGCCGAGUACACCACGCUAUGUCGAUACGAGUAGUGCUGCACUUAUCCCCCGCCUUCCAAACACGAUCAUUCUCGAUCUGAGACAAUCCGAAGACUACCAGAUGCACCAUGUCGCAGGUUCCGAAAAUAUUCCGAUCGUCGAGUCCAGUGACUGGAAACCGUUCUCCGACUCAAAGGUUCUGGAACAACUAUGGCUCAAGCUUGAGACGACAUUUGACUCGAACAAAGACGUCGGCAAAGAGUUGGAAGAAUAUCGACAGAAGCCUAUUCUAGUGUUGUGCUACGACGGCGACAGCGCCAGGGUAGCGACCAGUGUCCUGCGUGCAAAGGGCUUUGAGGCUGAUAGUGUUCGAGGAGGCUUCCGUGCUUUGAAAGAGCUUGAGAGAACUACCAAAGCUACAUCGGGGGGUUGUUCCAAAGAUAUGCCCGCCACCUCGAGCGUUGAAGAAUUGGUUGGUCAUCGCCAGUCGUAUCUCCAGCUGGCGUGA